ACAGGUGACUAUAUAUAGUAAGGUAACUCGUUAGAAACCAGGGUUGAACUCAAUUCACAGGCUACUGUGAAUACUUCUUCACGAUGUCCUCGUUUCUCUGGCUUUCUGUAAUAAGCUACCACCUUUGGAGGCGCUUGACUUCGCUCGACUCGAGGGACUCCUUGAGCCUCUUCCUGAAAUACAGCUCCUUUGUGUGGGGAACCAUUGCCGUUCCGACGGGAGUCAUCUUCCUGAUGAAUCUGCUUUGGGGGGAGGAUCUCAGGAAGUGGCACUGGAUGCCCAUAGUGGGCGUGGUAGAAUGUGCCGCCUACGUGACCGGUGCGCAUGCCUGGAUUUACUACAAUGGACCGAUGCUAAUCCUGAACGUCUUCAACUUGAUUAUGUUCAUCCUGACGACCAUUCACAUUCGGAAAGUGAAGAGCAACCUGAAGAAGUUAAACCGAGAAGAGGCGACGCCAACCUGCUUCGAUUUGAAUUUGCAGACGUAA